UCGAAGAAGAGGUCGACCGCUGCAGACGUCAGUAAACUAGAGUAACGGGAUUUUUAUUUGAUUGAUUAAUAACAUGUUUUAGUUUUAUGAUCGAUUAUUCCAAACACGCGUUGAAAUGGCACGGAGCUGGCAGGAGAUGGCUUCACAGCAAGUCGAGCAGAUGGCGAGUUCGCUGAGAGAGUUGUUUUCGGCUGGCCUCGUCUUUCUUCAUUCUGAACUCGGAGUAGAUUUGGGACUGAAGCUCGAUCUUUACCCACCAUGGGUUAUCCUCUUAACUGCGUGGCUCGGCCUGUGUCUUGUGCUGAUUUUGGGGGUCUCCGUUUGCCGUGGUAUUCCGAAAAGGCUGUCCAGCCCGUUGACGGCGAGGGAAAUCCCAGAAAAUAUUACGCCAGAACCGACGAAGGCAGAAAAACCCGACGAACCGAAGAAGAAGAGCAGAAAAAAAGCUAGCGAUAAGAAGCCUCAGCGAAAUGGCCUUGCAGUUGAACCGCAACCAGAAGUCACUUCAGCAGCACCUCAAGGCCAGGAUCCGCCCGAGGUUAAGACUGAUAAGGUCAAGAAGAAUAAGAAAAAGGCCAAAGCCCCAGCAAAAGAAACAAAGUCCUGCAGACCCACGGAGCGCAAAGAGCCAGAUGAAGCUGGUAACUGGGAGACUAAAGUCAGUAACCGUGAGAAACGGCAGCGGCGGAAGGAUAAGGGUGCGGGUGAUGGAUCAAGCAGCCCUGGAGGACCGGAGCCUGUCACCAUGGUUGCCACUGCUGAGCAACCCAUAAUGGAUGCAGAGGAAGCAAAAAUCACAAUCCCAUCAUCCAUCAGCAUCAAAACAAGUAGCAGCAAUCCAGCCAUCUCUACAGGGCAGAGGAAAGAGUGUGCCAUGGCUGAGGUUCCCCGUGCUGUCCUGCCACAAGUGAAUUCUGCUUGGGAGGAGCCCUCACCCAUCAACAGAUCAAGCUGGUGCGCGCCCCUCUCCGCCCAGGUGGCCAGCAUUGCAGCAGACACCUGGAAAAGCAUGGGCCCGCCCUCCGAGCGCCAGGAGCCCGAGCCCACCGUCUGGCCUCAGGAAAUGGAAGGUUCGUGGACAAUUGUGGAUGGAUCUCAUAUUCCUGUCUCCUUUCCAGGACUGACUGCAGUUGUUGAAGCACAGGCUGUUUCCAACCUUUCCUGGACCUAUCCAUCUGCGCUAGAUGAGUGGUCUGGGCUGAACUGUGGCUCUGCGGACGCUGCAUCUGAUUGGAAUGCGCCAUGUGAAGAGUGGGGAAACUACGAGGUGCAGCCACCAGAGGGCGCGGUGUCCCAAGAGGAGCCGACAUUAGCGGAGGUGCAGGAAUCCGACGCUGAAAAAGACAAAGAUGAAACUACAGCUUCUGGCAGCAGCAAAGGCAAGAAGAAGAAGAAGAGGAAGAAGAGGCAGGAGGAAGCUGGAUGUGGUGCUCAGGUGGAAGGUGAGGUGGGUGUGGCCAAAGAUCAUGACACUGCAGGGGAUGUUUUGCCUAAAAUGGUCAAGAUUAGUUUGAUUCUGCUGAAGAAUAACAAAGUGAGUUCUGUUGAAGAAUACAAAGAGCAGGAAAGUGCGGUGUCCAGUGCUGCACCAAGGCCUCCCGAACCCAAGGCUUCCAUCAAGAGCACAGCUACACCUGUACAAAGAAAACCAGAGGACAGCUGGGAGUCUCCUAAACAGGUCAAAAAGAAGAAGGCAAGAAGGGAAACAUGAGUGUUGAGGUGUGUGUGUAGUUGUGUGUGUGUGUGUGUAUGUCCUGAAAAGCUGUAAUUGCUGAAAUGUUGAUAUGCAAACUUUUGGUUGUACUGAAUUUCUUAAUUAUUGACUUUGUUUGUUUUUAAUACUCUGGAAUCAGCCAUUGCCAGUAUUGAUUGGGGUCUGACAGUAGCUGAUCCAUCUGGCUGCAUUCAGACAAUGCAUUAUGUAACAUAUCAGUAGGACCCAUGACUGGACACUUAAAAAAAAAACAACAACAACAUGUUGUGGGUCCAACACCCUUUGAGCUAUGUUAAUUCUAAUUAUACAGUGAGACUGGAAUUUUUACGUGCAUUGGAGUUUUCUGAGCCGAACUCAAUGGGGGGGGGGGAGCUUGGGAACACUUAAGACUUAAGAAUUCCUGAACUAUGAGUAAAGGGCAGGAGCUGAAGCAGUGCCCCUACUGUUUCUUUUAUUUGUGCUGUAAAAUCUUUUUGUAGACACCUUUACUCAGAAAAUAACAAAAGCCAUAUGUGAAAAUUUAAAAUGUUUCAUAAAGUUAAUAGAUGUUAAUAGUCUGUUAAGCAGUGUACAUUCAGUUUGAAAUUAUUUUGUCACCCUUGUGAAAAGCAAUUAACCAUUUGUACACUGAUGUUUUGCAUGUGUUUGUUUUUAAAAGGUGACAGUGCUCAGUGUUUAUGCACAGAUUGUAACUCAUUGGUCAUUACAGCUCAGGAGCUACAGAUGUAAAGUAUAAUGAAAAAAAUGCCAUGCCACUAUGGUUUAAGAGCCUGUGUAGAGGAAAUCAGAAAAUCUCAUUAUGUUGAGCGACAUUUCCCUUCAAAAUCGUUGUAGUGUUGGCCAAAUGCUUGUGAACCACUGUGAAAAGACUGUGUCAGAAGUCUGAUGCCUUAAUGGCAUGUGUGCAAAGCGACAGCAACAAAUGACUGUCCAUUGCAUGCGAUUUCCUCCUGUCAGUAAUAUCAGUCGAGUCUCCUUAAAAAGUUACAUUAUAAACAUGGUUUCUUUAA